AGCAACGCGUCUGGGUACGGCAGAAGAGAAAAAAGUUGUUCCAUCCCUCAUAACCAUUUCUACCUCAAGCAGCGGGCUUCUGUUUUUGUCCGUUAUAAAGAAGAGUGUUGGUUCUAUCGAAAGGAAUUGGACCCGCAUCUGUCAUGACUCUGUCCGUGUGACAUCGCAGCCGAAGAAAAGCAGGUGCAGACGAUAAAAAUUUUCCUACCCAGCAUGCCGUAGCGGCAGCCAUGUUUUCGGGCCUCUUUGUUAAUGGAAAUGAGUUAGACAUGUGUACGUAGGGAUUGUUGACUUUUUUGUUCCUUUUUUUUCUGUUCGGUUUUAUACCUAGAAACGUAUGAAAGCGGAGCCUGGAAAAAUAUUGAUGAAAUGUCCCGAAGAAAACAAGAGAAGCCGCAGCCGAGGAAAAACUUGAUCAGAGGUGAACCCGAUUUCGUCCAAGACAUCUUAACAUGCGGCGUGUGCAAGAAGACUUUCCCUCUGUCGGAGAUCGUCCGCUUCAUCCAGCACAAAGUCCAGUCAUGCAACAAAGAGAACUGCAUCGGGAUCUUCGAGGACAGCGAGGACAGCCAAGAAGAUCCUGCUGUCCUGGCUGCACCUACGAUAAAAAAGGAAAAUUCCGAUAGCGUCCUCGCGGAAGAAACACUCGUGUCUUCCUCUUCGCUCGUCAAAAAGACACUCAUAGCCAAAGAUACCUCAGCUGCUACUGUCAAUGGCAGCGCACUGGAACCACAAAGUUACGUAUGUUCGACCUGCAAGCAGAGCUUAUCUUCAGCAUGGGCGUUGAUUCAACACGUCCAAAACCUCCAUGGUCUUAGCAUAUGCUUGGAUUCCAGUUCGCCUUCCGAUGAGAAGCCUGUGGAAGUCUCAUCCGCCCUUAACCAAUCCUUCGGCCUUAGAGCUCCUCUUCUGGAACGCCAAAUGGACCCUUCACCUAUUUAUCCCCGUAAUUCUAGUCAGGAUUUGCGCCUAGAUCUCAUUGGCAAGUCUUCCAGCAACCUCACCAACGGAUCGACUCUUAGUUCCACACCACCACCCCUACUAGAACCCCCUCAAAUAUCCCUCGGUGAACCAAUGCAAGACUUCUAUUCCCAAAGGCUUCGAGUUCUUGCUGGAGCCACAAGUCCUAACGCUACAUCUACGCCCAGGAACCUCCUACAACCCAAUUUCAAAGCUAUUCUGAACAAUAAAACAAGCCCUCGUCCAACCACUCCUCAAGAUUCUUCUUCCAGUACUCCUGAAAAAGCACAAACCACUACCCUCAAUUCCUCCGCUUCAUCUACAACUAGUGAUCAAACAUCAACGCCAAAGGCCAAAAAUAGACUUUGCGAAUACUGCGGCAAGUCUUUUCAAUUCAAAAGCAAUCUCAUUGUUCAUCGACGAUCGCACACAGGCGAGAGACCGUUCAAGUGCCACAUUUGCAAUCAUGCUUGCACUCAAGCAAGCAAGCUCAAGAGACACAUGAAGACACACGAGGGUAAAAACGCAGCUAUUGAUAAAUCUAAGAAAUCUGUGGGGGAAAAGGAAUCAAGCUGUGAUGGGGGAGGCUCAAAAUUUGUCGGUGAUGAUUGUAAAAAGGAUGAAAAUAACAAAAGCGAGAAACAGACGAAUGGCGGUGGAGAAUAUGGGUCCGACGAGCACGACGAAGAUGACGUUGACGAAGAAGAUUAUGAAGUUGAAGAAGUAGAUGAAGAGGAGGAAGAUGUAAAUGUUGACGGCCUUGAUGAAGAUGGUUUGUCUGAGAACGGAAGUGGAAGACUUGUUAUUGACCAUCCGGUGAAUGAUGACGCCAUGGUUGCUGAGGACCUAUCGAAGAAGCCUCUCAAUAACGGAAUUUCACCCAAACAAAACGGUAACGCAAAAGGAAAAGAGGACAAAAUUGAAAAUUACGACAGAAGAUUGGUGAAACAUUCUGUGAUUAGUGAAAUCAUGGAAAAAAUUGGGUUCGGACACAUUGCACCUUACAACGAGGCGUAUAGACAGGCGUUGAAGGAGAGUUCAUUCUGUAACUCUUUGAAGCAUGAAAGGUAUUCCUCAGGAACUGAUGGUAGUGCUUCCAAUGAUGCUGGGAGCCACCACAGUUACGACAUGAUAAAUUACCAUCAUCCCGACAGACCACCUAGAGAAGGCACACGCAGUGCGGGACAGUCGCCGCUCAGUUUUGGUUCAGGUCUUUUGGACAGUUUUGAUCAGAAUUCCAACUCCAAACGCAUGCGGUUAGACGAACAUUGGAACGACAAAGAGCGAGAAGGAAGCCUUCUGUACGCCGGUGUGUGGUUCCCCCGCAUGGAAACAUCUACACCAACGUACAGGGACCUUUACGGCCUCGAUGGCCAUUACAACCAUCACCGCUACAAGUCAUCCACAGAAAGUGCCUUGAAUUCCUUCGACAACGGCAGGAACAGUUCGAGCCCUCGGCCCGGACCGAGUAACGCGCUUUGCCUCGCCAACCACCUCAACAAACCCAAAGAUCAGCAGCAGCAGCAGCGCAAGAACGACACUUGCGAAUAUUGUGGCAAAGUCUUCAAGAACUGCUCAAACCUCACUGUGCAUCGACGCUCUCACACGGGCGAGAAGCCCUACAAGUGUGAACUGUGUAGCUACGCCUGCGCCCAGAGCUCCAAGCUGACGAGGCACAUGAAGACGCAUGGGCGUCUUGGGAAAGACGUUUACAGGUGUCGGUUCUGUGACAUGCCUUUCUCGGUGCCCAGCACGCUGGAGAAGCACAUGCGAAAGUGUGUCGUCAGCCAGAGCGGGAAUUCUCCGUACCUCAUGUCCGAGAGAGACCUCAUGUCCGACAGGGACCGCAUGUCCGAGAAAGACAAUAUGUCCGAGAGAGAUUCGGACUCCAAAGAGAUGACAACGUUGAACGGACCUCUGGCCAUCAUGCCCCCAUAA